CGCCGGGAAAGGGCAGCCGGGGGUGCCCGGUGGUGCGAGAGCGCAGAGGGGCAGCGCUCCCGGGGGGUGGUUCAUCAACACCGGCCUUAACGAGCAGAGGCCCCCGCUUCUCAGUGUUGAGGGGGGUCUCUGCGGUGCCCCAGGGGCUGCGGUGACGGCCCACGUUUACACGGAAAACUCUGCACCUGAUGCAAAACUCUGAAAUACAACUUAUUGCUGACAAUUUUGUUUCUGUGCCUUACAUUGGAGGGGUCUUAAUUCUUUCCCUUUUUAUUGGGUAUGUCAAGGCAGGAGCUUUGUUGCCGGAUGGCUCGGCUGUGCUGCCUUGUUUAUUUGCCACCUCAAGGUCCCAUCUUCUGUUGGUGACACACAGCUGGUGGGGAUGGUGAUAAUGUGGUGUCACUGACUGCAGGUGAUAGCUUCAGGGUUUAUCAGUCAUGGCACGAAGGGCCUUCAAACUUGCCUCGUUGGCGGCAGCCACUUCUGGAAUCUACCUGUAUGGCAACAAGUUCCUGGAUCCCAAUGAUUUUGGAGUUGUUCGUGUGGGCCGAGCCAUUGCCACAACGGCAGUUAUCACCUACGACUACCUCAGCUCCCUACGGAGUGUCCCGUAUGGAUCAGAGGAGUACGAGUUCCUCAAAUCACAGGUGCACCUGCGCUCUGCUGAGCGCCUCCGGGAGCUGUGCUGUGCCAACCGAGGCACCUUCAUCAAGGUGGGACAGCACCUGGGAGCGCUUGACUACCUGCUGCCUGAGGAGUACACCCGCACCCUCAAAGUGCUGCACAGCCAGGCCCCGCAGAGCACCAGACAGGAGAUCGAGCAAGUUAUCCGUGAGGAUCUGGGCAAAGAGAUCAAAGAGCUCUUUGUGAGUUUUGAGGACACUCCCUUGGGAGCAGCAUCACUAGCCCAGGUGCACAAGGCAGUGCUGCAGGAUGGGAGAACAGUGGCAGUGAAAAUCCAGCACCCGAAGGUCCAAGCUCAGAGCUCCAAGGAUAUUUUACUCAUGGAGGUUCUCCUCUUGGUUGUGAAGCAGAUCUUUCCAGAUUUUGAGUUCAUGUGGCUGGUGGAAGAAGCUAAGAAGAAUCUGCCCUUGGAGCUGGAUUUCCUCAAUGAAGGCAGAAAUGCUGAGAAGGUUGCUCAUAUGCUCAAGGACUUUGACUUCCUGAAGGUCCCUAGGAUCUACUGGGAGCUCUCAACAAGACGUGUCCUUCUCAUGGAAUUUAUGGAAGGAGGACAGGUGAACGACAGGGCCUACAUGGAGAAGAAUGGCAUCAAUGUCAAUGAGAUCUCUCGCAACCUGGGGAAGCUCUACAGCGAAAUGAUCUUUGUGAACGGCUUUGUGCACUGUGACCCGCACCCAGGCAACGUCCUAGUGAAGAAGUGCCCAGCCUCUGGCAAGGCCCACAUUAUCCUCCUGGACCACGGACUCUACCAGGUGCUGAGCGACUCAUUCCGCAUGGACUACUGCCGCCUUUGGCAGGCCCUCAUCAAGGCCGAUAUGAAGAGAGUGCAGAAGUACAGCCGGAGGCUUGGGGCGGGGGAUCUGUACCCUCUCUUUGCCUGCAUGCUCACCGCCAGGUCCUGGGAGUCCGUCAACAGGGGCAUUGACCGGUUGCCAGUCUCGGCCAGCGAGGAUGUGGAGAUCAGGUCCAACGCUGCUGCUUACCUACCCCAGAUCACCCAGCUCCUCAACAACGUCCCCCGCCAGAUGCUGCUGCUGCUGAAGACCAAUGACUUACUAAGGGGGAUUGAGUCUGCCCUGCACACGCGGGCCAGUGCCAGCUCCUUCCUCAACAUGUCUCGCUGCUGCAUCAGAGCCGUUUCCACGUACCAGAGGAGCAAGAGUCACUCACUUUACAGGAGGGCCCAGAUCUCAUUCACAGAAGCCCUGAGCCUGUGGCAGAUCAACUUAUAUGAACUCUUCCUGUGGCUGAAGGGGUCCCGGCUGGGGAACUGGGUCAUUGCUCUCCUGAGCCGGAUGCACCAUUCCCCAUACUGACAUGAACUGGUGGGAAAGGCCCGGGUGCUCCCUCCCUCCCUUCUGCUCUCCACGGCACAUUUGCCUUCCUGACUGUUUCCGUCUAUUCUGUGGGCUAUUUUUGGGUCUUGUUCCAUGUUACAUGCUGCGCUGUCCUUGCCUGUUACAGCAUUAGCUUUUUCUGUGGCAUUGAGAGGUGGAGUCGGUACCGGAGCUCUGCCGUUUCGUGGUUUAGGAAAAGGAGGUGUGGGAUACCAGUUGUCAGGAAGGACAGGGUACUUUCUUUCCCAAUCUGAGCAGCGGAAAUUCCACUCGGAUUCCAGUGGGACUGCACUGGAAGCAAAAGACUCUUUGGCUCAUUCUUAAACAAUCUCACAGAAUUUAAAAGAAUCCCAACCGUGUCUAGAAUGCCCCAAAACAUUUCUCAGACCUUCAGAGAGAGGUGGUAAGUUCCUUUAAAAUCCAGUAGGGUUUAUAUUAGUUUUUGCAAUCUCCGUAGUCUCCUGCAGAGAGUUUCUCAGAGGAGUGAGACCUUCUGGAGAGCUGGCCCUAGGGCUUCUUCUCCCAGAACCAGGGAAAGGGGCCCCAAUGGUAAGAGUGUUGGACUGGGAGUCCAGCUUUCUGAGGUUCGUCUUCAGUCCUGUCAGCAAGUGCCUCUGUGUUUUUGGACUUUUCCUGGCCUGUUUCCUUGCAGGUGAAAUGGGGGAAGGGGACAGUGGUCUUGCCUCUUUUCUGAAAUCCAGGGAAGGUGGGAGGAAUGACAACUCAGGGCUCUGAAACUGCUGGUAAUGUAUGUGUACUGUACAGCACUGCCACACAGCAAAAUAAAUGUGUUGCAUCAAAGA